UCCUUAUCGCCUACAACCGUCACGCAAAACCUCGACAACGCCUUUGUUGUCAAGCUCACUAUUCAGCUGCAUGUGAUCGCUCCCAGCUAAGACACGCCGCGAUCAUGUCGAACAGCAUCAAGGUCGUGGCGCGGUUCCGCCCGCAGAACCGCACCGAGAUUGAGCUUGGAGGGCAGCCUAUUGUGGAAUUUGAGACCGAGGACACAUGCCGUCUGGACUCAAAGGAGGCCUCGGGGGCUUUCACGUUCGAUCGGGUGUUUGAUAUGAACUCGCGCCAAAAGGACGUCUUCGAUUUCUCCAUCAAGUCCACGGUCGAUGAUAUCCUCAAUGGGUACAACGGCACAGUCUUCGCAUAUGGUCAGACGGGAGCGGGGAAGUCAUAUACGAUGAUGGGGACGGAUAUUGACAACGAUGAGGGCAGAGGCGUGAUUCCCAGAAUAGUGGAGCAGAUCUUUGCCAGCAUCCUCUCGAGUCCUGGCACCAUCGAGUAUACGGUGCGAGUCAGCUAUAUGGAAAUAUAUAUGGAACGAAUUCGAGAUCUGCUGGCUCCACACAAUGACAACCUGCCUGUGCACGAGGAGAAGAAUAGGGGCGUAUAUGUCAAGGGGCUGCUGGAGAUUUACGUUUCGAGCGUGCAAGAGGUUUAUGAGGUCAUGCGAAGAGGUGGAAGCGCCAGAGCUGUUGCCUCGACGAACAUGAAUGCGGAGUCUUCACGCUCACACUCCAUAUUCGUCAUCACCAUCACACAGAAAAACGUUGAAACGGGGUCAGCGAAGAGUGGGCAGCUUUUCUUGGUCGAUUUGGCUGGUAGCGAGAAGGUCGGCAAGACAGGUGCUAGCGGACAGACUCUCGAGGAAGCCAAGAAGAUCAACAAGAGUUUGAGCGCCCUUGGUAUGGUCAUCAAUAACCUUACGGACGGGAAAUCAUCCCACAUCCCUUACCGAGACUCGAAACUUACUCGAAUUCUUCAAGAAAGUUUGGGAGGAAACAGUCGGACCACGCUCAUAAUCAACUGUUCGCCGAGUAGUUACAAUGAUGCCGAAACACUGAGUACGCUGAGAUUCGGUAUGCGGGCGAAGGCGAUCAAGAACAAAGCCAAGAUCAAUGCAGAAAUCAGUCCCGCAGAGCUCAAGGCACUUCUCAAGAAAGCCCAAUCGCAAUGUACAACUUUCGAGCAGUAUAUUCAGACACUGGAUGCGGAAGUUCAACAAUGGCGAGCUGGAGAAUCGGUGCCAAAAGAGAGGUGGGCGCCUCCUCUAACUGGUGUCGGAGUUUCAAAAGCACAAUCACAACCGCCAAGACCCUCAACGCCUUCGAGGCUUGCGACAGAGAGUCGUGCAGAUACGCCUGCCAUCUCUGAACGUUCUGCGACACCAAGUUUACCUUUGGACAAGGAUGAGCGCGAAGAAUUCUUGCGGAGGGAGAACGAGCUCCAAGAUCAAGUUGCUGAGAAGGAAUCACAAAUCGCUGCCGCGGAGAAGACUAUUCGAGAUACAAAGGAGGAGCUUGCAUACUUAAAGGAGCAUGACACCAAGACAAAUCGGGAGAACGAGAAGCUUACUAGCGAUGUCAAUGAGUUCAAGAUGCAGCUAGAACGUCUUUCUUUCGAGAGCAAGGAGGCACAGAUCACGAUGGAUGGUCUCAAGGAAGCGAAUGCCGAGCUUACCGCCGAGUUGGACGAAGUCAAGCAGCAGCUCCUCGAUGUGAAGAUAUCCGCCAAGGAAACCUCUGCUGUUCUGGAUGAGAAAGAAAAGAAGAAGGCAGAGAAGAUGGCCAAGAUGAUGGCUAGCUUUGAUCUUGGUGGCGAAGUGUUCAGCGAUAAUGAGCGCAGCAUCAAGAAGGUCAUCGAACAGGUGGAUGCAUUGCACGAGCAAUCAGCUGCUGGGGAAGCAAUUGCGCCCGACGAGUUGCAAGAGAUCAAAAUCGCCUUGGUGGAGACACAAGGCAUUGUUCGACAGGCUGAGCUGUCUUUGUAUGGCAAUUCGGCAAGUGACACCAACGCCAGGCGAAGGGAAGAGUUGGAAGACCGCAUUGAGAAUCUCGCGCGCGAGUACGAAGAUCUUCUGGAGAAAAACCUCAGCGAGGCCGAUGUUGAAGAGGUCAAGCAGAGACUUGCCCACGCCUAUUCGAACAAACAAGAUGCUCAAGUUUCGCUUGUUGAGGACUUGAAGUCUGAACUGGCGCAGAAGUCAGCCGAGGUACAGAAAUUCAAAGCAGUGAAUGAGGAUCUGCAACGGAAAGUCAAGACUGGUGUUGUUCCAAAUGGUGGUGCUAUGGCGAAUGGCAAGACUGUCCAGCAACAGAUUGCUGAGUUUGAUGUCAUGAAGAAGAGCUUGAUGAGGGAUCUCCAGAACAGAUGCGAGAGAGUUGUCGAGCUUGAGAUUUCGCUGGAUGAGACACGGGAGCAGUACAACAAUGUUCUUCGGUCGUCAAACAAUCGUGCCCAACAGAAGAAGAUGGCAUUCUUGGAGAGAAAUCUGGAGCAGCUGACACAUGUUCAAAGACAACUUGUUGAGCAGAACGGAAGUCUGAAGAAGGAGGUCGCCAUUGCAGAGCGGAAAUUGAUUGCACGAAACGAGCGGAUACAGUCGUUGGAGUCACUGCUUCAAGAUUCACAAGAGAAGCUCACAGCGGCGAAUCAUCGAUUCGAAGCUCAAUUGACGGCUGUCAAGGAGCGUCUGGAGGCAGCGAAGAGCGGCUCGACUCGCGGCCUUGGCUCCCCGACUGGCGGAUUUUCCUUCGGGGGAGCGGGAUCGAGGAUCGCAAAGCCUCUCCGAGGAGGCGGAGGCGAAUCUACUGGCACCAUCCCAACCAUCUCAGGACUGCAGAACGAGGCGAUGUCUGGGAACAAGAGGAGCUCGUGGUUUUUCUCAGGGCAGAAGUAAAGAAGGGAUGAAUGAAAGGUAGAAUAGAUGAGUCAUGUAUACCCACGUUUUUCGUUUGUUGAUUGGACAUCAUUCCCUGGGUGCCCCGGCUUUUCUGCAUACUAGAUGGGCAAGGCUGGUAUCGUUAUGCGUGGACGGAGAACGGACGGGCAUAUGAAUGGAGCAGUUGUCGAUAUAGCGCGUUCAGACUGAGUAACAAUUGAGAAUAGCUCAACCCUUGCUUCUUCCUUUCAAGGCCUUUAUCGAGCGAGUGGGUUUACCGCCCUGGAGAAAUGCGAAAAUGGAUGUUUUGUGGGCAUCACUACGCAAGGAAGCCACGUCUUACCUUCUCAGUGGUUCCAGUGUUUGUUAUCGCGAGUGCCGUCCACAUCUCUGUUUCAUGUAUUGUUUCUAGCUGGUGAGUCUUCGGUAAGGAAUUGAAAUUGUGGCUCUAUACUCG